AUGUCACAAGUUGAAGUUCUCCCGGCACCCGUCUCCUCAAAUCUCUAUAUCAAUGAUACCCUCAGCCGCGUACGCGCUGUCGAAAAGCUGCCCUGGGCAGCCUCUGGUUCUCCGAUCCUUGCCUCACCUCUGGCUGAGCGCAAGUCCGCUGAAGAGGCCGGUGAUGACGUCGCAAUCCCUGGUCUGCCGCCUGUCCAUCGCGGCCACACCGACAUUCACCUUCGGGAAGGCGUGAUGCGUGCGGCAGAGCUCGCAGCGGACGGCGAGCCUGAUGCGGAGAAGGCGUUCUUUGUAGCCGAUCUGAGCUAUGUAUACAUGCAACACGAGCGGUGGAUGCGCAAUCUGCCCGAAGUUCAGCCAUUCUACGCUGUCAAAUGCAACCCCGACCCGUAUGUGCUGCGCCUAUUGGCAGGGCUCGGCGCGGGUUUCGAUUGUGCAUCGAACGGCGAGAUCGCCAACGUCCUUGGUACUGGCAUCGUUGACUCGUCACGCAUUAUCUACGCGAACCCGUGCAAGGCCGUAUCGCAUCUUAAGCAGGCAAACGCUGCUGGUGUUGACCUCAUGACGUUCGAUAACGCCGAUGAGUUGCACAAGGUGGCCCGUGUACACUCAGGCGCCCGCCUCGUCCUUCGCAUCCUUACGGACGACUCGAAGGCCCUUUGUCGCCUCGGCCUCAAGUUUGGCGCUCCUCUAUCUGCAGUCCCCGGCCUUCUGGCGAAGGCGCGGGAGCUCGGCCUCAAUGUUGUCGGAAUCAGCUUCCAUGUCGGCAGUGGCAACUACGACGCGACUGUUUUCUCGGACGCUGUUUCUCGCGCUCGCGCUGCAUUCGACAUGGGUCGCGACGCAGGCUACCGCUUCAGUUUGUUGGACAUCGGUGGAGGCUUCGAGGACGCUACGUUCGAGGCUACUGCCGCCGAUCUUCGGUCGGCUAUUCAACAAUACUUCCCGGACCGUUCCGGCCUCAAGAUCAUCGCCGAACCCGGACGUUACUACGUCGCUCGGGCGUUCAGCCUAGCGGCGAAUAUCAUCGCGCGUCGUGCCUCGGCUGAGGGUUCUGAGGCACCUCCGGCUCCUGUUGACCCCGUAGGUGACGAGCAACCCACCGUAAUGUACUACAUCAACGAGGGCGUUUAUGGUGCCUUCAACUGCAUCAUGUUCGACCACCAAGUAGUCCAUCCGCGCGUGCUCGCUCUCGGUGGUUCGUUCCAUGUCCCCGCGGACGUCGCUGCGGACACGCGCACGGCGAGCGUGUGGGGACCGACGUGUGACAGCAUCGAUUGCGUGUCCCCCACAACACGGCUGCCCUCUGCGCUUGCCGUCGGCGACUGGCUUGCCUUUGACAACAUGGGAGCCUACACCGUCUGCGCUGCAAGUCAGUUUAACGGCUUUGCGCUCAGCACUGUCGUGUACACGACCGGCGGAGGCCAGGGUGCGGCGGAGACGCGGCGCGUGCUCGCGGGUCUCGCGGGCGCGCUAUAG